GUUCUUAUAUCUAUUACUUAUAAUAUCAUUACAUUUUUUUAUUUCAAAGUAAAUGCGUAUACAUUGAAGUAUUACAAAAAAACUUCAGGAAGGAUCGAUAAAUUAGUACUGAGACAGAAAAUUUCUUACCUCUUAUCUUUUAUUGUCAGUAGAUUAAAUAUGAACGCUUUUUAUGACUUACUAAAAUGUUAGUAAAGUUUUUUAUAAAACGCGUAACUGUAAUCAAUUGGGGAUAGCAUUAUUAAUAUUUAAUGCUGUUUCAAUGAGACGGCUAGGUUAUUGCACUUGUGUCGCGAGCAUGUACGAUAAUCAUCUCUCACUAACGGAAAACAAAGUGGAAGUUUUCGCAGUCUUCACAUGGAUAUUUCUAAACACACUGGUUAUAGAGAUUUUAUGUGGACAAUUGAAUUAAAUCGGUUUGGUUUAAAAUUGGUCGGUUUAUGGCCCAAAACAGAUGGAGCAAUCAGGGAUGACACAUCUGAUCUUCGCAUGGUUAUCAUUUUUAUUAUAAUAACAUUCAUUUGUGGCAUUCCACUUGUUAGUUCUCUUAUACGAGUUCGACAUGAUAUGAUACUUGUGAUAGAUAAUUUACAAACUACAUUACCAAUAAUAGUAGUUUCUCUAAAACUCGUUAUAAUGCGGUGGAAACGGACAGCUCUCUUACACAUCAUAAAGAUGAUGGAGGAAGAUUGGUUAGCAUUAAAGCUAAACGCAGAAAGGAACGUAAUGCUGAAGCGAGCGCGGACUGCUCGGAUGAUAGUAAUUUGCGGAUAUGUUAUGAUGAUAUUGGCAUUCAUCAUGGUCAUUGCUUUUCCUUUGUUUGGCAUACCAUUCAGACGCUUAACAAAUCUCACAGAUCGAAACAAACCGUUACCACUUCAAACUUACUAUUUCUAUGACACUGAUAAGAGUCCGCAAUUUGAAAUCACGUUUAUCAUUCAAGCUCUAACAAUUUUCUUAUCAGCUAUUAUUUAUACGUCGGUAGACGCUUUUCUUGGACUUGCAAUUCUUCACAUUUGCGGCCAAUUGGAAAAUUUCAGACGUCGAUUGGUCAACUUGGUCUUAUGCAAAGAUUUUAAUAGUACUUUACGAAAUAAUGUAGUCACUCAUCUACGACUCAUCAGGUUUAUUGCAGGUUUUAAUUAUGAUAAUAGAAUGUAUAAUCUAUUUAUUUUAAUUUUAUUUGCUGAUAAGAUUGAAAAUACAUUUUCCUUAAUGAUGUUGGGAUUAGUAUUUUAUUUUGGUACUGUAUUUUGUUUAUAUGGAUUUCUUUUGCUGACUAUAAUUGCCGACAAUGAAACAAGUAAUAUUCCUUUUUUACGAGUAUUUUACGUAAUGCUUGGUGUUGCUACUCUAUUAGUACAUACUUUUCUCUACUGCGGGGCCGGAGAACUACUAAGGGAGCAGUGCGAAGCAAUGUACCGUGCCUUGCAUGACCUCGAAUGGUACAGAUUAGAGUCGAAGAAAGCGAAGAGCCUUAUUUUACUGAUGACACGAGCCAGUGAACCUUUUCGCAUCACUGCAGGAAAGAUUAUUCCAUUAACAAUGACCACAUUUUGUAGCCUAUUAAAAUCAUCGGCUGGCUAUAUAUCAAUUUUGCUGGCAAAACAAAACUAAAGCAUGUAAAUGACUAAUUUAUAAUUCAGCAUAUAAUUAGUAUGUAAUUUGUCUCAAAUUGUGUCUCAAUAAAAAAUUAAAUAAUAAAUAUUUUUAAUUACAUAAUUAAAAUAAAAUUUAAUUGUACUUAAAAGUAAAAUAUUUGCGUUAUUUAUUUC